AUGAGCGUGGUCUACGAACCGCGGGCCUUCAUCCAUGAGGGCAGUUAUCCGCCCAUAGAUGACCACCACCACGAUCCCACCCCGGACGCCGACCGCUUCACAGAUCCCACCGAUGCCGUCGUCAACGAGCUUGCCACGGUCGCGACCUUCACUGCCCCUCCCCCUCCAUAUGUAGAUACCACCGCCGAACCUCGAAUAGACCUUCCUACCGCCCCGUCAGCCGUAUCAAAAGAGGAUUCACCAACAGCAACAACACCGCAGCGUGUAAAGGCGAUUCCUAAACCAGACCGCGAGGUGACCAAGAAUCUAGAGGGGAAAUAUGUAUGUACGUGGCCAGGCUGUACCGAAGAGGCCAAGGAGUUCGGGCGCAAGUGCGAGUGGAAUAAGCACAUGGACAAGCACGACCGGCCGUACAAAUGCGCGGCCGAGGGGUGUGAGAAGCUGCCGGGAUUUACAUACUCGGGCGGCCUUUUGCGGCAUGAGCGCGAGGUACACGGCAAGCAUGGCGGUCCCAAGAAUUCCUUCUACUGCCCGCACGUCAACUGCAAGCGCCACUCAGGCAAGGGAUUCUCGCGCCAGGAGAACCUGAACGAGCACCUACGCCGUGUGCACACACAGAACGGGGCGGUCCUGAACGGCAGCGGCGGCAUCGAAAUCGAGACGGACGACGGGGCAAGCGACAACCCCGCCAACAUCGGGGCAGCCGCGGGGUCGGCCGGGGGUGGCGGUACUGGCCAAAAACGCAAGCGAGACGAGCGGCCCGAGGACAGCGACUUGCGCGAGGAGAUCAAGCGCGUGCGGCAGGAGAACGAGGAGCUACGGCGGCAGGUGCAGGCGCAAAACCAGCAGACGGUGGUCAUGAUGCAAAAGAUCUCGCAGCUCCAGCAGGCGCUCGAACAGCGCAUGGCCUCGCCCAUGGCCAGCGCGUCCAUGAUAUAG